UUAGCUAACAUCACAUUACUAGGUUCGCUUUGCCUGAUCUUCUGUCAAUUUUACCAGUGUACAGCGAGCCAGGAGAACCUGAUGAGAUGCGUAAUUAGAUUCGUUUUUGUGGGACCCCUAAUUUCCUGUCGUUUGAACAUUUCGUGCAUUUAAUUUGUGGAAUAACGCUUUCUCUGACAUUUUCACCAGGAGUUGUACAUCAUUUGAGGUGCGCGCUCUGCUAACCUCCACGAAUGACGUCGGGCUCGGUGCUGGAGUUUUACAGAAGUGUUUUGGGGGACUAGUCAGAAAUGCAGUCUGGGUACUCUAAGCAUCACUGUUACGCCGAUUUCACUCAUCGCUCAUUCGGAGAAUUCAUCAAACUCAACAAUGCGUCAGCUCUACGACUGGCGCUGCUGGUAUCGGAUUUCGCUCGCCAGAUGGCAGCAGUCUACGAACAAUUUGCCAAAGACAUUCAGACUAUUAUUGCAGCAUUCAAAACCAAAUAUGAAGACCUCAAACGAGAUAGACCAACAGACACACCUUCCACAAUCUUAUCUGCCUGGGACUGUUUGCUACAUGGGACAGAAAACGAUGCACAGGCCCAUAUGGACGUAGCAGUCUUGCUAAUGAAAAAUGUACACAAACCUUUAGAAGAAGUGGCGAUAAACAAAAAGAAUCAGACUCAGAAACUCAAUUCUUACCGAGACCAGUUCGAGGAGACCAUGGAUAAAGUGGAACACGACCUUCAAGUCGCAGAAAAGAACUACGAGACUUCAGUGAAGCUUUACCAGACCAGUUCUAACUAUAACGCCAGCCUUCAGUUCCACAGUGCUCACAACGAAUACCUUUGUCAACUGUGUGCUUCCAACAGGACAAUAGAGGAGUUCCAAUAUCUCAUUCCACAGGUCUUAGAGGAGCUAGAGGAGAUUUAUAUAGACACCAGUAACACUGUCAACAUAGCCAUGGAGAGUCACGCGUUAAUGCUGCUCACCAAGGCAGAUGAGCAGCACAAUCGUUUUAAGGAGAUGUUGAAGUUCUGUCGUCAGGUGAAUCCACAACUUGAUAUCUCGUAUUUCAUGAACGCCAUCAACACAGAGCCAACAAAGAUGGAGAUAUCUACUCACACCUUCAGACCGGCAGACGUCAAUAUCUACAACACAGAGAACCUGACAGUGAACCAUCUUAUCAUAGAUCCCCACACAGAGUCUACCAUCAAGGAUCGACGACAGAAACUUCAGAAGGAAGCCGCCGUACUGACCUCCUACAUCAAACACAAUCAGGACAACAUACACACACUGAUGAUGAUAUGUCAAAGAAAUUUAGCUAAUCAUCUGUACUCAAAAGUGUAUGAAACUCAGGGGGAUAUGUGUUGCAAGAGGAAUGAAAUUCGGUUGGCAAACCUGCAGUUAGCAGCUAUCCGAGCUCAGAUAGAAGUGCUGUCCCCCAAACAGAAUGGGUCUGUGGAGAACCUGGAUCAGGACAGUAAGAAGUCCUCAGCCACCAUCAAAAGCAUGUGGAAGAAAGCCUUCAAAAACCUCAAAAGUACCUCAGACACCAAACUGACCAAGAAAGGAAGUUUGAUCAAAAAGAAACAGAAUUCCCAGGAGGCCGAGGUGGAAGAAACAGUAGAGGCGGGGGAGAUUGACCCAGUUUACAGCCUACUGAAGUGUGCUGCAGAUCUUCCAAAGGUUGGGAAGCAAGGCAGCUGUGGGAUCCAUGCCCAGUGUUCACACCUGGGCACCAUAACACAAGGUUAUCACACCUGUACAACACAGGGUUAUCACACCUGUACAACACAAGACCAGGUUGUGUAUUCUUCUGUUUUGUUUUUAGCAAGCCACAGUCCCAAAAAUCGUCGAAAAAAGUUGAAUUCUCGCAUGAAAAGUUUUUCGUUGGACACACCUGAGCCGUCGAAGCACCUGCUGGCAAUUGACGAGAUGACGAAGAAAAAGAGCAGCUCCUUUACUAACACUUGUUUUGGAGUAGGUCCGAUAUCUCGACUGCCGGCAGAUUCCGAGGGUUCAUCAAGCCCAGAUGAAAAAUAUGUUUUCUCUGCCGCCAAUCUACGGAAGAAGUUCGCUAGUUCAUCAAAUCGAGCGAGCUCUUUGGAAUUGGAAGAUAAAGUCAGCUACAGCAAUUCUCCUAAAGAUUCCCCUAAAAGCCAAAAGAAACAGAAUACUCAAUUGUAUGUUGUGCUGUACAACUUUAAAGGAAAAGAAAAGGAUGACCUUGACCUAAGGGCGGGUUGGAGAGUGAGUGUGUUGGACAGCUCAGACCCAGAUUGGUGGAAGGGUAAAUGUAACGGUAAGGUGGGAUAUUUCCCGGCGACCUACCUGAUCCCGAUCCAGACUGGACAGAGAGUAUUCCAGGUGAUCCACUCCAUGCAUUUAAUAGAGGGAGGAAACGGGAUGAAGUUACACAAGGAUCAGAUAGUGUUGCAGAUAGGUGACGAAGAAAAAGGAAUGAUUCAUAUCCAAGCAGCCAACAAAAAACAAGCCAAGUGUCCACUAAAGUACCUGAAGGAGGUCUAGUGAUCCAUCACAGGAGGCACAGACAGACAGACAAAGUGGAAACGCCCCCUCGUGUUAUAUAUAAUAUACUCAGACUUAUAGCCAAAGAUAAAUCUACUGACCCACUGACAAACAUAUCAAGAAAAGUCAACUCUUUCCUGGGAUGUUACACUCGGCACAAGUCGGCCAAUUCAUACCUCAUCUAACGAUGCAGGCGAUGAAUCAGCCGAGGUUUGCUAAAUGUAGAUGUUAUAGAAAGAAAGCAAACUUUGUUGUUGGGAUUGUACAUGUAAUAAGAAAGACAACUCUGUUUUUAGGAGUUAUAUUUGGGACUACUGCAGAGAAUGGGCAGUUACUGUAAUCCUUGUACUGUGCUCAGGUUCCUAUGGAUAUGUUUGGACAGUAGUGUUCAUUAAUAAAUUAAAAAAACCAACGAAGAAAUAAAGAUCCACAUCCUGUACACAUCAUCCAUAGCAAUAUGUUGGUCUGCCCCUAGUAUGUGUGUUGUUUAUAAAGUUUAAGUCUACAUUAUGCAGAUCUGAGUAGCAAUUUGUUGAAGUUACUAUUGGCAAUGACUGUUACAUAAAACAAUCACAAGAUUUUUUUUAUACAUGUAAUAAGAAAACAUUGUAUAAGUACUUGAAAAAAAUUGCACAGUUACUUUAAUGUACGUCUUAUUAUUUUUGAUGAUAAAAUAAUAAAAAGGAAAAGAAUUUUGAUUUAUAAAUUUUAAAUGUCUAUGCAUUCGUUAAUAUAAUGUUAUUUUAUAACAGUUACAUGUAAUUAAGUAUAUUUGUAAUUUGUAUGAAGUUUAUUAAUUAUGGUUUUUAUUUUUGGUUAAAUUGAAUUAUCUAUUGUUAUUUCAGAAAUUCAUUUUCAUAAACAGUUAUUAGUCAUGUGACUACUGUUGUAAUCGUUGUGGACUCCCCACCAUUUAUUUUUUAAUUACAAUGUCUUUCAUGUAUCAAUGCAAGGGGUGUCAUUCACAGGAUCCCGAAUUUGAUGCAAUUUAUGUAUGCUCUGUGUAGGGGUAAAGUUAGGAAGAAAGGACCAAGUCAUUUUGUGUGAAUUGAUUCUGUGUUAUUAAAUCGUGUCGGAGACAUUGUGUAGCAGAUUUCAAUUUCUCUUCUUAUUAAGAAGGUGGAAAGUUCUUAGUGUUGGUUAACAAAAAACUUAUCUC